AUGUUGCAGAUUGCUUUUCACUGCAGACUUCCGAUGUCUCCUCGUCACCAUCGAUCUUCCGGGAGUUAUCCCCAUUCGCAGCACAGUGAGGAGGAGGUUCCCACGACGUCUUUCCCGGCAGACUUUUCCUUCAGGGUUGAAUUCCCCGCGGGUAGUCUUCCUGCUCAUGCCAAUGCCGGUUGUAGCCGGGAGGUUUUUUCCUCCACUUCCAUUGGGCAAGUCAUUAGCCCAUUCCCACAGUUUGACCAGGAUCGUUCUGACGAUUCCUGCCGUUUAGUACGGGAAGGAGGGCGCCAUUGCUUGCGCCAGCUUAUCACAGACGCCACUUUUACCGCUGAUUCUACUUCCACUCAGGCUUUACAGAAGCCGAGCUUCUUGUUCGGGGAUCAUGUCGAGGACCCCGCUAUACUGACUCUUGGAGAGGAGCACUGGCUGACUCUUGAUGGAGGAGCUCUUUUAUACAUUCCAUCAAUUCCCCGCCAAUAUUCUUUUACCCAUUUGAGGAGACAGGCCGUGAGGCGACAGAUGUCCUGGGAUCUUACUAAGGAUGCUGAGCGAGUCCCGUGUGGAUAUACCUCUCAUUCUAAGACCCCUGGUUCUGGCGGGUAUCACCAUAUUCGUGGUCUUUGCCCAGGGAUCACGGGCCUUGAUACUGCACCCCCAGGUGAGACGUCAGCAGCUGCCUCUACCGUGGGUAAUCGUCUGGCUCUUCUGGGGAGCUUCAAGUGGUUCCUUUCUGCAUAUGAGUCCAUCAGCAUGAGGAGCCUCUCAGAGUUGCAGUCUGAGUACGCGGUCCGGGCUGCUAUGAUGGCUGGUCGCAGAGCUCAGAAGCGGAGAAGAGAGCAUGCCAAAUCUCUUGUCUCCGACGAAGAAGGACUUCUCCCUACGGGUGACGAUGACGAGACCUCCGAGGAAGAGUAUGUGGAUGCAGAUACCGGCAGAGGGGAUCUCAAUACCGGUAGGGCAGCCAAUGAUCAUGAGCCACCAGCUCCUACACACGUUGAAACGUGUGAUAGGCCUGCGCAUGUUCGACCUGUUGGCCCUCGAAGGGUUGGUGCCCUGAAGAGGAAGAAGACCGCCCACAAGCCCCAUGACGGUCAGCGUCCCUAUGGAGUGGACUUAGGGAGCACUGCCGAUGGCGGGGGAGGUAACAUUCAAUUGCUCUUGCUCCAAGGGUUCUUCGAAGAGGGCGAAAUCCCACACGCUCUUCACGACGGGUCUUUGGGCAUUGAUCUAAACAUCGACCUUGAGCAGAUGAAUAACGUUGAGCCCGGGCCAAGCUUCUCGAAGCCGGAUGCCGGUUUAUUAGCUGACAUGUUGGCUGAGCAAACUUCCAGAGGGACCGAGAGACCAUUCCUUGGGAAUGAUUCGUCUACCGCGUCAACUAUUGGAGUUAGCCCGGUAUCUAUCCCUGGCAUAUCCAGUUUGCCUCAGAAUGACGGGCUUGCAGGACCAGCCACUAGGACUGAUUCUCAUAUGACUCCUGGCAUCCCUCAAAUGCCUACGGGUGAAGGAUCUACAGGACCAGCCGUUUGUGCCGAUACUCUUAUGACUCUUGGCAUCCCGGCUGUAUCUGAGGACGGGGGGAAUGCAGGAGUGUCACUGUAG